UUUUCAGGAUGAGGUGGAAUAUCCUCAACUGGCUGAGUUGGUUGCCUCAUCUCAAACCACAUUCCACUUGCUGAAGACCAGACUAAAGGAAGAAAGAUCCCACAACAAGCAGGAGCUGAAGGUGGCUGCAGCGAAGGCCUGGGAGUGCGACACCAGGGAAGACACAAAGUGCCUGCUGAUGCCUUGACACUGUCCCUAAAGAAGAAGCCUACCCUGCAGCCAGAGCGAGCUGUCAACUCCUUUUACUGUGUGAGGUACUGCUCAAAAAGAGGACAAAUGGCUCUAACAAACCCCGUGCCCAUGGGCCCUUGGAAGAUCACUGUGUACGAUCAGGAGUACUUCCAGGGCAGACGUAUGGAGUUCACCGCUGGCUGCCAGAACAUCAUAGAGUGUGGGAUGGAGAACAUCCGCUCCCUGAAGGUUGAGUGUGGCGCCUGGGUGGGCUACGAGCACUCCAGCUUCUGUGGCCAGCAGUUUGUUCUGGAGAAGGGAGACUAUCCUCGCUUUGAGGCCUAUAGUGGCAGUAACUCCUACCGCAUUGAGAGGAUGAUCUCCUUCAGGCCCAUCUGCUGUGCUAACCAUAAGGACUCUCGCAUGACCAUCUUUGAGAUGGAGAACAUGAUGGGUCGUCAGUUCGAGCUGUGUGAUGACUAUCCCUCUCUGCAGGCCAUGGGCUGGAUGAACAAAGAGGUUGGAUCCAUGCACAUUCAGAGUGGAGCCUUUGUGUGCUACCAGUACCCGGGCUACCGUGGCCACCAGUACAUCAUGGAGUGUGACUGUCAUGGAGGAGAGUACAAGUGUUACCGUGAGUUUGGCUCCCAUGCUCAGACUCCUCAGAUUCAGUCCAUCAGGAGGAUCCAGCACUGAGAGAGGAGCAUUCUCCACUGGUCCAGCUAGUUAAAGAAAUGUCCUGGGUUGGAGUUCAAGUGCUUACAGGCAUCAGCUGUUUACCACACUUUUUAUUUCUUUUUUAAAGAAACAUCACAAAAGAAAGGAAAUGUGAUGAAAGACAGAAAAUAGGAAUGAUAGAAUUGAGAGAAAUCAGUUAGAAAGAAAGGACUCAUCUGCCAGGGUUGGCUGCAGAGUGCUAAAAACACCUCAGAGUUUUUGUUCUUUUACAUCUUCACAGCUGAUGCCGUCAUCAUCGUCACGGUGUUCUUCAUCAAUAACAUCUACUAGUCUUGCUGUAACAGUGAUAUCCAUGAUUUCCGACCUUUACGAUGACGAAUAAAAAGAAUGAGCAAAGAAACAGAGACUCACAAUCUUGAGAUGUAACUCAAUCACGUGUGUUGUCUUUCUCAGCAGCAAACAGCUUAAAUGAUAUUAACCAACAUGACAAACAUUAGGAGAAAUUAAAGGUAUGAUUGUGCAUUAACCUACGAAUACCCUGCUGAUC